UCUGUCUGACGGUGGGUUGAAACCCAAUUAGAAACAGAGGAGACAUUUUGGGAAAACUGUCAGUGUCCGUGUGUCCCAGCGCCCCAAGGCAAAACAUAUAUGGUGGAAUAAACGUCUGCGGAGGCUCUUAGACUGGAAUAUUAAGGAUGUUCCAGCAGUGUGACGAGCCUCGUUUCACCAUUGAGCAGAUUGACCUCCUCCAGAGGCUAAGGAGGACAGGGAUCACCCAGGCGGAGGUCCUCCAUGCCCUGGACACCCUGGACCACCUGGACCGACAACAUGGACACAAGUUGACCCAUAAACCUUCCUACAUACCUCCAUCAUCAUCCUUGUCUUCUUCCAACACUGUCACCGCCUCUUCCUCCAUGACUUCCACUGCCACUCAGACAAGUUUCCCGGACAACCAACUCUCACUGUCACCUAAUAACAACUUCGACACCACUUCCCUGCCUCUACCAGUUCCAGUAGCCUCACCUGUCGUCAUGGCAGCGGUAGCUCAGAAUGGUCUAGUUGCUGUCAGCAAUGGGAAGCUGUCACCGCCCCGCUUUCCUCUUGGUGUGGUCAGCGGCAGUGUGACAGCACCAGGCUAUGGGUUUGAGGCCAGUGAAGAGGACAUAGAUGUGGAUGAGAAGGUGGAGGACUUGAUGAGAAGGGACAGUGCUUUGAUCAAAGAGGAGAUUAAGUCCUUUCUGGCGAACAGGCGUAUUUCCCAGGCUGUGGUCGCUCAGGUAACGGGGAUCAGUCAGAGUCGGAUCUCCCACUGGCUCCUGCAACAGGGAUCGGACCUCAGCGAGCAGAAGAAACGAGCCUUCUUCCGCUGGUAUCAGCUGGAAAAGUCCAACCCAGGUGCCACUCUGGCCAUGCGAGCUGCCCCACUGGCUCUGGAGGACAUGAUGGACUGGCAACAAGCUCCGCCCACCUUUGGCGCUGCCCCUGGGGGCUUCCGUCUGCGGCGAGGGAGCAGAUUCACCUGGAGGAAGGAAUGUCUGGCUGUUAUGGAGAGCUACUUCAGUGAUAACCAGUACCCUGAUGAAGCGAAGAGAGAGGAGAUUGCCACUGCCUGCAAUGCUGUCAUUCAGAAACCAGGAAAGAAGCUGUCUGAUUUGGAGAGGGUCACAUCUCUGAAGGUCUACAACUGGUUUGCCAACCGCCGCAAAGACAUCAAGAGGCGUGCUAACAUUGAAGCAGCCAUCUUGGAGAGUCACGGCAUCGAGGUUCAGAGUCCAGGAGGUCAGUCCAACAGUGACGAGGUGGAUGGCAACGACUUCCCCGACCAGGGUUGUGAGGUGUCCUUAUUUGACAAGAGAGCUUCAGCCAGGCAGUUUGGUUUCAGUCGAGCUGACCUCUCCUCUCCAACCCAGGUUCCCACAUUGCUCCCCAGCUGGUUUUCCGCCCUGGGUAGAGGAGGCCUGUCUGGACAGAGGGGCACUUCUCUGAUUGGCCGCUCCCUAGUGACGGGGACGGGUCCUCAGGCAGAAGGUUCCAGAUUGACAGGCGUGUCCUGGUCUCCGCCCUCCCCUUCCCUCCAGGACGAACCCACCAUUCACAGCGUGCUGUCCGAGCCCCAGGACCCAAUCGGGUUGGAGAAGGAGGCUGUCAAUCACAGCAGCCAAGCCCUAGCCAAUCAGGUGGACGGGGCAGCGUGCAGUAUGGGGAAUGACAUCAAGACGGAAACGCUGGAGGAUGACUGAAGAGGGUGGUGGAUACCAGAGUUGUCAGAGUCAUAAAUAGAACAGGUGUGUUAAUAUGCAAGCAGAUUUUAUUGGAAUGUAAUAAGUGGAAAAAAAAAAAAAGACCAAAAGUCGUGUAAACGCCAACCCUGAGAUACCUCCCAACCCUACCUCCAACCACCAACCUGCUCUGCUACGCUCUUAUAGGCAUUACUAGUAUAUUAUUACAUUGAAAAUAAUAACGAUAAACUUUUAUUUGUUAAAGUCCUCCCCAGCAGACUGUGGGAUAUUUAAAAUGCAUAAAUAAUAACAAAUGCAUUCAUACAAGGAAAUACAUAUAGCAAUGUGUAUUGUUUUUCACAUUAUUUCUUUGUUGAUUUUGUUUUUACUGAGGCAUUUUAAAUCUUCCAUAGUAGACUGAGUAACAGGACUUGAUGCAUUGUGCAGAUUUCUUUGAAAAACUGCAUUUUCAUAGCAGGACAACACUGCAUUUGACACAGGAUUCAAAUCAUUUCAGGGUCUUGCACUGUGAUCACAACACAACUAAACAGCCUCAAAAACGAAAUACAUCAAUUUGAAAGUUAAGUUAAUUUUAACUGAUUGUUUUAAAAUUAUGCAGCGCAUGUCAUCACAGAUGAUUACAUUUUAAAUGUUCGCUGUUGAUUCCUUCCAGUGAGAAGAACAGCAGAAUAAGAUUAGUUUUCUUUUAAAAAAAAAAAAGAAAAAAAAGUCAGGGUCACAUCAUGUUGGAAACAUUACUGUGACCCAAUCCUCUCUCCCUUGCCCUCAUACAAUAAGCUCAACAUUUGGAAGCAAAGAAAGGACGUAAUAAUUUGAAUUUUACAAAUACCUAGUUGUGAAAUUUAAACACCAAGAAAUUUUUCAAUUUCAAAACAAACCAUUUUUUGUUACUUGUUUUUCAGGGUCCCAAAUUCAGAUACAAGAUUGUUCGAGCUUCUCUUUCUCGGAUUAUGUGACUUGCAGAACAUAACCUGAUAGACCAGAGGUCCGAUAGAGUCCAUUUAGGAUUCAUUUCAUUGACUUGGUAGCCCAAAUGUCCACAUUUGAACAUAAAGGGGACGACUCAAUAGCUGAGUGGCACAUACCACAUGGGCCUCAAAGCCCUGAGCUACAAGUUCAAUGCAGACCAUGUCCUGCAUGUCACUCGCCUACCCUCUCUCCCCAUAUUUCCUGUCUAUCUUCACUGACACUGUCAAUUAAAGGCAUUAAAUGCCCCCCUACCCGCAAAAAAACCUAAACGGGACACCUGAAUUCAGCGGUAUUUAAAUUUCAACAUUAAAUAUUUAGUAGAUAUACAAUUGCACAAUUAGGUCUUCAUUUUCUAAAAUGGAAUCCAUAUGGCCUCUCUUUGCUUCCAUAUCAAUAACAAGUCAUUUUUAAAAAAGUUACUCAAUACAUAAAUGUCGAAAGAAGCCAGAAGUGUCGGCAGAUGUGUAUAAUAGUAGACAUCUGGACGUCCAGGUGACCGGGUGUUCUUGAUUAAUUUGUGCCCAGUAACAAAUCAGUCAGCUGGGAGGGAUUCAACAGUGUAAUAACACUGUUAUUAUUCUAGAUACUAUAGAUUAAAGAUUAAAGUGAAUACAUACAUAUAAUACAUGUGUAUGCAUAC